CAGAAGAGGAGCCAAGCGGGUGGGGUAUCGGUCGCAGCAUGCUCCUUGCUCAUUUGGUUGUUGUAGUUUAAAUUGCUUAGAUAGUUAGAUUGGUUCCGAGAACUUGCACACCUCCAAUUAACUGGCCAAGCAGCAGACAACUUAACUUUAUCGUCAUGGACGACUACACCAGCUCGUUGCGAAGGUAUUGGCUGGAGGAGAAGGAGGAGGAAGACGAUGAUAUGGAUUUCUUGUUUGAUGAAGAUGAAGCGGAGGCCAUGACAUACAACCAUCUGCUGCAAGCAGAGAGCUCUCGCAGGCGCCGUCGAUCCGAUGCGCCACCAAAGGUCAUUCGGCAGAGAGACCUUCCUUCUGGUCACAGGAGGAUUAAAGCUGACUACUUCGUUGCAGAUCCUGUUUACAAUGAUAAGCAGUUUCGUCGAAGGUUUCGGAUGUGUAGGCAUUUAUUCAAACACAUCAAAGAGGCAGUCAAAAAUUAUGAUAACUACUUCAGAAAAAGGUGUGAUGCCACUGGCAAGGUUGGACUAUCGGCUCUUCAGAAGUGUGUCGCGUCUAUGCGCAUUCUCGCUUACGGUGUGCCGGCAGAUGCCGUUGACGAGCACGUGCGUAUUGGUGAGUCCACUGCGCGAGAAGCUUUGCAGCAUUUCUGUCGGGCUGUUAUUCAAGUUUUUGGCAAGCACUAUCUCCGGGCACCCAACUCUAUCGAUGUAGCAAGGCUUCUUGAAGAAGGACAGAAUCGUGGGUUCCCGGGGAUGCUAGGGAGCAUUGACUGCAUGCACUGGGAGUGGAGGAACUGCCCCACAGCGUGGAAGGGUCAGUUCACGGGCCGAGGGAAACAUCCGACUAUGAUCUUAGAGGCGGUUGCAUCGCAUGAUCUAUGGAUUUGGCAUGCAUACUUUGGGAUGCCUGGGAGUAACAAUGACAUUAACGUUCUUCAUAGAUCCCCUAUAUUCUCCUCUUACCUGAGGGGUCGUUCUGCCCCUAUGGAAUUUGUAGUCAAUGGGACGAACUAUAACAUGGGAUAUUACCUAGCCGAUGGCUCUGCGUUUUCAGCCGGAGGAUACACUUGUUGCCCACUGCCACCUGGCUGUCCCAUUGCGACAUAG